GAGAGGCGCAGUGAUAUAGCCGUUACUUCAGCCUAGCAGGUUAGGCUGCUCUGUUCUGCUGUGUGUGCCGCAGUAAAGGAGGAGGGUCGUCCAGGGUGCCCAGCUCCUCCUCGUGUCUCCGAUGGCGAGUGUUCUGCGCGUGGUUGCCAGCAGCUGCGCCAGCCCCCACUUCACUGGGCUGGGCUUGGUCCGGACGGUCAGGACGCCAUGUGCGCGCUUCUUUAGGAGCCACCAGGCCCUUGCCCGCUCCGCUAGCCCAGGAAUCCCGUACAAACGGUUAACGGUCGGCGUUCCUAAGGAGAUCUUCGAGAAUGAGCUGCGGGUGGCGCUCUCGCCGGCGGGCGUGGACGCCCUCAUCAAACAGGGCUUCAACGUGGUGGUGGAGUCGGGGGCCGGAGAGUCCGCCAAGUUCCCCGACGAGAUGUACGCCAAGGCCGGAGCCACGGUGAAGAGCGUGAAGGACGUCCUCGCCUCCGACAUCGUGCUCAAGGUUCGCGCCCCCAUGCUGAACCCAGCUCUGGGCGCGCACGAGACCGACCUGAUGAGGGAAGGCGCCACGCUGGUGAGUUUCAUCUACCCGGCUCAGAACCCGGAGCUGAUGGACCGACUGGCCAAGCGCAACGCCACCGUUCUGGCUAUGGACCAGGUGCCCCGUGUUACCAUCGCCCAGGGCUAUGAUGCCCUCAGCUCCAUGGCCAACAUCGCCGGUUAUAAAGCCGUGGUUCUGGCCGCCAACAAUUUCGGCCGAUUCUUCACCGGUCAGAUCACCGCUGCAGGGAAAGUGCCUCCCGCUAAGGUGCUCAUCAUCGGAGGCGGUGUAGCCGGUCUGGCUGCGGCAGGCACGGCCAGAUCUAUGGGGGCCAUCGUGAGGGGAUUCGACACCAGAGCCGCAGCUUUGGAGCAGUUCAAGUCUCUCGGGGCCGAGCCGCUGGAGGUGGACUUUAAGGAGUCCGGAGAGGGCCAGGGCGGCUACGCCAAGGAGAUGAGCAAGGAGUUCAUCGAGGCCGAGAUGAAGCUGUUCGCCAAGCAGUGUUUGGAUAUCGACAUCCUCAUCAGCACCGCCCUCAUUCCCGGUCGUAAGGCUCCGAUUCUGAUUACUAAGGAUAUGGUGGAGAGCAUGAAGGACGGCUCCGUGGUGGUGGAUCUGGCCUCCGAGGCCGGGGGCAACAUCGAGACCACUGUUCCAGGACAGCUUUCGGUUCACAAAGGCGUGACCCACGUGGGCUACACGGAUCUUCCCAGCCGGCUGCCCACACAGUCCAGCACGCUGUACUCCAACAACAUCAUCAAGCUGAUCCGCGCCAUCAGCCCAGACAAGGAGAACUUCCACUACGAAGUGAAGGACGCCUUCGACUACGGGACCAUGGACCACGUCAUCCGCGGGUCCGUCGUCAUGCAGAAUGGAAAGGUUCUCUUCCCGGCACCGCAGCCCAACAACGUCCCUGUAGCGGCGCCUCCCAAAACCAAAUCCAUACAGGAGCUGGAGAAGGAGAGGGCGGCCGCCGUGUCGCCUUUCACCAGCACGCUCACCACCGCCGGAGCCUACACCGGAGGUCUGGUCACGCUGCUCGGACUCGGACUCUGCGCACCCAACGCCGCGUUCACUCAGAUCGUGACGACCUUCGGCCUGGCGGGAAUCGUCGGGUACCACACCGUAUGGGGGGUCACUUCUGCCCUCCACUCUCCGCUCAUGUCCGUCACGAACGCCAUCUCUGGACUCACCGCUGUCGGCGGACUCUCUCUGAUGGGUGGCGGAUACACCCCGACCAACACGGCACAGACCCUGGCUGUGCUCGCCGCCUUCAUCUCAUCGGUCAACAUCGCCGGGGGUUUCGUGGUCACUCAGCGCAUGCUGGACAUGUUCAAACGACCCACUGACCCCCCGGAGUACAAUUACCUCUACCUGCUCCCCACCGGUGCUUUCGUGGGAGGUUACGGAGCAGCGCUGCACAGUGGCUACGACAUCGAACAGAUGAUGUACCUGGGCUCCGGCCUGUGCUGCGUGGGCGCGCUGGCCGGCCUUUCCACCCAGUCCACGGCCCGUCUGGGGAACGCCCUGGGUAUGAUCGGUGUGGCAGGUGGCAUCGCCGCCACCCUGGGCGUCCUCAAGCCCUCUCCUGAGCUCCUGGGCCAGAUGAGUGCUGCCAUGGCAGUGGGUGGCACGGCGGGGUUAGCCAUCGCCAAGAAGAUCCAGAUCUCGGACCUUCCGCAGCUGGUGGCCGCGUUCCACAGCCUGGUGGGUCUGGCCGCCGUGCUCACCUGCGUGGCCGAGUACAUGAUCGAGUACCCGCACUUCGCCACCGAUCCCGCCGCCAACCUCACCAAGAUCGUGGCGUACCUGGGCACGUACAUCGGCGGCGUCACCUUCAGCGGGUCGCUGGUCGCCUACGGCAAGCUGCAAGGACUUCUGAACUCGACCCCGCUGAUGCUCCCGGGUCGUCACGUCCUGAACGCCUCGCUCAUGGCAGCCAGCGUGGGGGGCAUCGUGCCCUACAUGCUUGACCCCAGCUACACCAUGGGCAUCACCUGCCUGGGCUCGGUUUCCGCCCUGUCGGCCAUCAUGGGGGUGACGUUGACCGCUGCUAUCGGUGGAGCGGACAUGCCGGUGGUGAUCACCGUGCUGAACAGUUAUUCCGGCUGGGCUCUGUGUGCCGAGGGCUUCCUGCUCAACAACAACCUGCUGACCAUCGUGGGCGCCCUGAUCGGCUCGUCGGGAGCCAUCCUGUCCUACAUCAUGUGUGUGGCCAUGAACCGAUCGCUGGCUAACGUCAUCCUGGGCGGCUACGGCACCUCCUCCACCGGCACGGGCAAACCGAUGGAGAUCACCGGCACCCACACCGAGGUAAACGCGGACCAGACUGUGGAGAUGAUCAAGGAGGCCCAGAAUAUCAUCAUCGUCCCAGGUUAUGGUCUGUGUGCUGCCAAGGCUCAGUACCCCAUCGCUGACCUGGUCAAGUCACUGACCGAGCAGGGCAAGGAUGUCAGGUUCGGAAUCCACCCUGUGGCCGGACGAAUGCCCGGGCAGCUGAACGUCCUGCUGGCGGAGGCCGGGGUCCCGUACGAUGUCGUGCUGGAGAUGGACGAGAUCAACCACGAUUUCCCUGAGACCGACCUGGUGCUGGUUAUCGGCGCUAAUGACACGGUGAACUCGGCCGCACAGGAGGAUCCGAACUCCAUCAUCGCUGGAAUGCCGGUCCUGGAGGUCUGGAAGUCCAAACAGGUCAUCGUGAUGAAGAGAUCUCUGGGCGUGGGUUACGCCGCCGUGGACAACCCCAUCUUCUACAAACCCAACACCUCCAUGCUUUUAGGAGACGCCAAGAAGACGUGCGACGCCCUGGCCUCUAAAGUACGGGAAGCUUAAUCGUAACGAUAAAAUCAAUGGUUCCAGCCCGUACAGGAACGAGGCGUAGACGGGAGCUGUAGACCCUGUACAAACGUUUAGAUGAAAUAGCGACGGUGUAAAAGCUGACCACUCCUGACCACACUCCUUAUUCCCUGCGUAACUAAUCAGAUUUAGGGUUUAGUUCUAGAUUUAUAGUUUUUUUCUCUCUCUGUGUGUGUGUGUGUGUUUAGUAUUUGUGGGUUCUGCCUAUAGAAGAAACAGCAUCUCACACACACACUCAGUAGGACGAUUCGUCGAGUAGUUUGUAGGUAGAAAUGAUCUGCACGGGAGCAGAAUCGUGACUUUGAAGGAAGAAUUAGCACUCAUCACCCUUGUAAUCCAUAAAACUCGGCCGUAACCCGGCCGUAAUCGCACGCUGGAUUGUGCAUGUCGCAUUUUCUGCCGAAUCGCUUCAUGCAUCGAACCUCUGCGUUUAUUUACCCUUGUUAAAAAGUCAUAAAAUGAAAUAUGAGUGGAUGGUGGAGGAUGGCGGUCCUACCUCGAGUAUUAACCCGACCAAAAGCACAUCGAUAUCAGACGCAGCAUUAAAGACCCGCAGUUUGUUUUUCUAUUAAAAUAAUAAAUAAUGAAAUAAUAAUUUGUGCCACGUUUCAUUUCCAGCUUUUUUGCUUCCAAAGUGUGACGGUCAAUUUUUUAUUAAAUCGGCAACAAGCAAUAAAACAAGCUUAAUAAAUAAAUAAAUUGUGAAGUAAAGGGAUUUUUUUGGGGGUGGUGGGGGAUGAAGAAGUUCAUUGUGCCACGGUCAGCGGACCGACGUACUGUAAAGUUUUUCCUCUGCUGUUUCUCAUGGACGUUCACCCUCAAUAAACGUUUCAAUAUAUUAAACCUCA